AUAUCAGUGUCAGUAUGAUCAGUAGAAAGACACAGAGGGCCACGGAGGAGUUACCCUAGAAAGGCAACUUCCUAGCUACCCUCCUGGCCACUUUCUUGGUCACCUUCCCAGUCUACCCUUCUACGGACGAGCCAAAGAAAAUUGCGUUUUCCGCAAAGCGGUCUGGACGCAGUUAAGUACAUAAUUCGAUGAACCCAUUGAGAUCUAGGGCUAACUUUAAAAGAAACAUCUUUGAAGAAGAAGGGUGUAUAUCCUUAUUGGUUAGAACACAAUACCUUCCUCAUCAUCUUUUACUUGUUAUUUUUGAUUUCAUCACAAUUGUCGUCGAAUGUUUUGUUUUCAUGUUAGGAGACAGUGAAAGUUAUUGAUUCUCUUACGUUGUGGAAAGGAGCAACCAAAUCGAGAGUUUAUCUAUUCGCUCAUACUUCGAAUAUACAUAUUACUCUUUUGUGUUCCUUAAGGAUCGAAUAGACUUAAAAUAGACAAGAUGAAGGUAGGACUACUGAAAAACUUUUUAUAUUACUUUAGUCUCCGGCAAGGUACAGUGUUAAUUGCUAUAAUACAAUUGUUCAUGUCCGGAUUUAGUAUGAUGUUUUUUGUAUUGGCAUUGGCACACGCUAUGGGGAUUCAAGAAAUGGUGGUGAGAGACACCGAGGAUGCUCUCGAAAGAGAAGCUUUGGAGGAUAUAUCCUCGAAUCAUCUCAAUACUAAAAAAAUGGACAUGGCUCAUCAUAAUGCUACUGAGACCGUUUAUUCCAUGUAUUGUGGACUGGUGAUCACGGUGAUACACUUCAUGACUACGAUCCUUUUGCUUUACGGAGCAUUAACGAACAAUCGUCAUUUUAUGGCACCAUGGAUGAUGGUAAUGAUGACGAUAAUAUCGGCAUUGACCAUAUCCCUGUUCCUGGUUGAACAAGACUGUCCAUUCAUCGCUAUUCUCGGCGGAAAGGCAGACAUUUGCGAACGCGCGAUCGUGUUGUUAUUUGUUAUCACGAGUUCUUACAUAUGGUUCGUCGUAUAUAGUACGUAUAAGAGUCUUGAAAUAAAGAAAGGAUUGAUGCACGAAGUACACAAUGUCAAGAAAUAUGCAUUACCGAUAGCGGAAGGUUCGAAAUCAUUUCAUGUAUCUGCUACCAAGCCCUAUGAGGUUUAAAAGUCUUGUAAAGAAAGAAAAGGAAAAAGAAAAAAGGAAGAAAAGCAAAAAAAAAAAAAAAAGAAAGGAGAGCAUAUAUGAAAACAUUCACACACACACACACACACACACAAAUACAACGAGAAAAAUCUAAUAGAGGAUCGACCUCGCAUCGAAAUAAAUAAGAAAAAACGAUAAAAGAAGGAGGAAAAAACAGAUUAAUUAUGAUCA